AUGAGCUCUGAUGGCCAGUCGCACCUGGAGCGAAUCGGUGGGGCCCUGAAGAACGUCCAGAGUUUUCUGCGCGGGAAUCGUUUUCCAGGGACCGUGAAGCGGAAAGAGCAGUCCGCGGAGGCGGGAGGCGCCUGCGGCCAGGCGGGAGCAUCUUUCUCUGGCCCCGGCGGCAGGCCAGGCCCACAUCAAGGUGCUGCCGUCGACCCUGUGCCCUCCGACCAGUCGUUGCAGGAAUACGUGGAAGUUCCACCAUGCAGUCCCUCAGAAUCUGCAGCCGUUCAAACUGGGCACCACAGCAAUGUGUUUGAAGGCUUGCCUCCUGGUAACAGAGAUGAAUCUCGGCAGCAGGAGACCUCAACAUCGCAAGCAUUACAACCCACAGUGAGGAGCCACUCAGUGCUCAGGGAAGAAAAGCUGCAAAAAUUGCUGAGGGCCAAGAUGGUGAACAUGGACAGGCUACGAGAACUGGCAUGGAAUGGCAUUCCACCUGGUCGACGUGCUGUGUGUUGGCGCUUGCUACUGGGUUAUCUUCCCCCAAACAGUGAUAGACAACUCGCCGUCUUGCAAAGGAAGAGGCGAGAAUAUCAGAGCUAUGUUCCUGAGUACUAUGACAUAUCCAACACCAUGCGGUCAGAAGAAGAGGUUGGUGCGCUGAGGCAGGUGGGAGUGGAUGUGCCAAGAACAGCCCCUGGCGUACCCUUCUUCCAGCAGCCAGCUGUGCAGAAGUCGUUGGAAAGGAUACUGUACAUCUGGGGCAUCAGGCAUCCUGCCAGCGGGUAUGUGCAAGGCAUCAACGACCUGGUGACACCCUUCUUGGUGGCAUUUGUGUAUGAGCAUCUGGAGGGGCCUAUGGACUCAUGGCAACUUGCCGAUCUACCAGAGGAUGUUAUUCUCAAUGUUGAGGCAGACACCUAUUGGUGCCUGUGCAAGCUGCUAGAUGGCAUCCAAGAUCACUACACAUCGGCGCAACCAGGCAUCCAGCGUGCAGUCUUCAAGGUCAGAGAACUAGUCAGGCGAAUCGACGAACGUGUUGCUCAGCACCUGGAUGACCAAGGGAUAGACUUCCUCCAAUUCGCCUUUCGAUGGGUGAACUGUCUGCUAGUGAGGGAAGUGCCCUUCCACUUGGUUGGCCGGCUGUGGGAUACAUAUUUAGCUGAAGGACAAAGAUUCAGCGAUUUUCUGGUCUAUGCCUGUGUCGCUUUCUUGCUGCACUGGUCGGAUGAGCUUCAAGGGAAGGAGUUUCAAGAGAUGGUAAUCUUCCUGCAGCACCCCCCAACAGCCGACUGGACGGAACAGGAGAUUGGGGUGGUGUUGUCCCAUGCCCACAUGUACCAAACAAGUUUUGAGAAAGCGCGCAGCCAUUUGUGCUGA